AUGACAACAACCCUAGUGGAUGGCCGUGAGACACAACAAGACACCUUGAUGUUACAAUCCCGCCCACACUCUGAGUUAGUGAAGGAAAAAAUAUGCAUCGGUACGAACGGACGCAUGUCGGUGCCGCCGAACCGCGAGAACCACUACAAGAAUCUGCGCGGUCGCUACACCAACUGUACGUACGUGGAUGGCAACCUGGAGAUCACCUGGAUCCAGAAUGGGAGCAACGACAUCAGCUUUCUGCAGCACAUUCGCGAGGUGACCGGGUACGUGCUGAUCAGCCACGUCGACAUCCCGCAGGUGAUCCUGCCGCGGCUUCAGAUUAUCCGCGGGCGAACGAUGUUCAAGCUGAACAAAUGGGUCGACGAGUUCGGACUGUUCGUGGCCUUCUCGCAGAUGAACUCGCUCGAGCUGCCGGCAUUGCGUGACCUCAGCGGAUCGGUGGGAAUCCUUUAUAAUAGAAAUUUGUGCCACCUAGACACAAUCAACUGGGACGAGAUCAUGUCGGAUCCGCAGGGUAACAUACGGCACACGUUCAACUUCACAUCACAGGAGCGGGAGUGUCCGCCGUGCCAUCACUCGUGUGAAGCGGGUUGCUGGGGCGAAGGUGCCCACAACUGUCAGAAGUUCAGCAAGCUCAACUGUUCGCCUCAGUGCUCGCAGGGUCGCUGCUUUGGGUCGAAGCCUGGCGAGUGUUGCCAUCAGUUCUGUGCUGGUGGUUGUACCGGUCCGACGCAGGAGGACUGUAUGGCGUGUAAGAACUUCUAUGAUGACGGUGUGUGCCGGGAAAAAUGUCCUCGGCCACAGAUCUUUAAUACUCAAAAAGCACUCUGGGAACCGAAUCCCGAUGGCAAGUAUGCGUAUGGCACAACAUGCGUACGAAAUUGUCCGGAACAUCUACUGCGUGAUAACGGAGCCUGCGUUCGAACCUGUCCACCGAACAAAAUGCCACAGAACGGAGAAUGUGUACCAUGCAAUGGAGCCUGCCCGAAAACAUGUCCCGGCGAGGGCGUGGUGCAUUCGGACAACAUCGGCAAGUACAAAGACUGCAUCAUCAUCGAGGGUUCGCUGGAGAUCCUCGAUCAGACGUUCGACGGCUAUCAGCAGGUGUUUGCGAACUUCUCGUUCGGACCGCGAUACACCAAGAUCCAUCCGGACCGGCUGGAAGUGUUCUCCACCGUAAAGCAGAUUACCGGUUACAUCAGCAUCCAGGGUCAUCAUCCGGACUUUACCAACCUUUCCUACUUCCGCAACCUAGAGGUGGUCGGUGGACGUCAGCUGAAGGAGCACUUUUUUGCCUCGGUGUAUAUUGCGCGGACAUCAUUGCAAUCAUUGGAACUAAAGUCACUAAAGCGCAUCGAAUCGGGUUCGAUUGUUAUCUUGGAGAACAGCAGCCUAUGCUUUGCAGACAAUAUCGAUUGGAAUAAAAUAAUGAAGGGCAAUGACCAGGAGACAAUCGUGUUUAAGAACCAAAACGCUACCAAAUGCCGUGCAGCUGGGAUGGAAUGUUCUGAGCAGUGCACCAGUGCCGGUUGUUGGGGUAAAGGACCGGAACAGUGUCUGAAGUAA